UGGCGACGUCCAGCGAGCACGGCGAUGCUGCCAUGCCGAUCGUACGGGAGGAGCCAGACAGCACGGACGACGCUUAUCGUCGGCAACUGUUGCAACUGACAUACGCUGCUAUGAAUGACUGGGCAUCGAAGCACAUCAUCACAAUCACGCAGAUAGCAUACACAGAGCUCGACAUACGAUCAAACCCUACUGAUCCCUGUUCGCACCUCGCCGUUCUCACGCUUAUCCCACAAGACUCGCCAAAUGGUUUCUUCCGCAUUGAGUCUAUUCGCACGGAAGCUGCCGAGACGAUCUGUGCAAGGUUAGGAUGGCCAUGGAUCGAAAAUCCGGACCGUAUUGCGGCAAGGAGAUCAAGAGGAUGCCUGACUGUAUGCGCGGUUCUGGAGAUGGGGAGUGCGAAUAUGGUGCUGCCGUGUGAGGUUCCACAGUACGUCUUGGAGAAAGACACACCGUCUAGUGACGAGCUACCGGUGGAUGAGGUCUUGGACAGGUUGAUCGCACUCGUCAAUGACGGACCCGAUGAUGCUCAGUGA